CAGCAGUUCCGCAAGAUGGUGGAGAGCCGAAAGUCCGUCAACUACCGCAACCAUCGCAUUAUCAGCAACCAGUACAAGGAAAUCGAGAAUCUGAAAGCUGAACAGGCAGAGAUCACGCUGCUCCUGAGCCUCAUAAGGUCUCCGAAGAACAUGGACCUAAACCAGAAGAACUUCAUGGAGCUGCGCCUCCUGCUGCAGACCAAGGGGGAAUACGAGGCCCUCAUCAGAUCCAUGAAGGCCCUGCUGGAAGAGCUGGACGGCAAGAUUCUUCAGAUGGAGAAGAAGGUCACGAGCCAGAGACAGAUCUUCUUGAAGACACAAGAGGCCAAUAACCCCCGGAAGCUGCAGAAACAGAUUCACAUUCUGGAGAACAGACUGAACAUGGUCACUGUCCACUUUGACACGAUGCUGACCUCUAACGCCCAACUCCGGAAGGAUAUUGAGGAUCUUCUCUUUGAGAAGGCCGCCUACGACCACGUUUACCAGCAACUUCAGCGGCGUCUGCAGAUACAGAAGAAGACCAUGACUGUAGCCAUCGAGGAGUCUACCCAGGCCUACGAGCAGAGGGUGGAAGCCAUGGCCCGGAUGGCGGCCAUGAAAGAUCGGCAGCAGAAAGAUAUCUCUCAGUACAACCUGGAGAUCCGGGAGCUGGAACGUUUGUACGCGCAUGAGACUAAGCUCAAGUCCUUCCUGCUUGUCAAGCUCAACGACCGUAGCGAAUUUGAGGAGCAGUCCAAGAAAGCAGAAGUUGUCAAGUCCAAGAAGCUCGGGAAGAAGAGCAAGGGCGAGAGCUUCGAGAGCUACGAGGUGGCGCACCUGAGGCUGCUGAAGCUGGCGGAGAAAGGGGACCUGAACCAGCUCACCAAGGACUUCCUGGCCAAGGAGGAGAAGAACUUCGCCCGCUUCACCUACGUCACCGAGCUCAACAAUGACAUGGAGACCAUGCACAAGAAGACCCAGCGGAUCCAGGAUGACAUCAUCAACCUGAGGUCCCAGCAGCAGUCCUCCCACGAAGGUACCCGGAGCUUCCUGAGACAGAUGGAGGAGAAACUGAAGAAGACCACUGAGGAGGCAGAUAUUUUUGAGAACAAAUACAAGGAGAUUAGCAAGAUCCUGGACCAUCUCAAGAGCUCGGUGGAGAAGCUGUUUAAGAAGACCAACUGUGACGCCACGGAGAUCCUGGUGAAGCUGGGUGAGACCGGGAAGAUCACAGACAUCAACCUCCAGCAGUACUUUGCUAUCAUAGAAAAGAAGACCAACGACCUGCUGAUCCUGGAGUCCUUCCGGCGCAUGCAGGAUGCCGAGAGCCCUGAUGUGGACCUCCCACAGCCCUUUGUCAACCCCUUCUGGGGCGGCUCUGCCCUCCUCAAGCCCCCGGAGCCCGCAAGGGUCGUGCCGCCUGUGUUCGGGACGGCGGACUCCUUCAGUGAGAAAUUUGAAGAGGUGGACCAUCCUUUGGACCACAGUACUCUCCGGCAGCUGGUCUUAGAGAACUACCUCCAGAAGGAACGUGCCAAGGACCCUCAAGACAGCAUAUUGGAGAAGGGGGACGAGCUGAGGCUGAAGAAGAAGAUGAUAGGCUGA